CCUGAGAGGGGCACGGCAGCUGCGGGGAGCCCGCUUCGGCCCGGCAGCAGGGGCGGCGGCGGCAGGAGGGGGGAACCCGCGCUCGGCCCGGCCCCCUCCCCCGGCAGGAUGAGGUUCCCCCUCCCCAGAGGGUGAGUGCGGGAUCGUUCGACCGGAGACGAGCCCCACACCUUCACCCGGGGCCGUGUCCGGGGCGGACCACCCUGCUGAUGGUUUGUCGGAGUUGGGUUAAUGGAUGAAGUUGGUCGGUGGGAGACGGCUGGAGGCCCAGAGCACGGUCUGGGGGUUGCACAGCGCCUGUGAUCUGUCCCGCAGCCUCUCUCUGCCUUCGCCGGGAACACCGGGAUGGGGAACAGUGGCUCAGCCGUGAAGGUCUGCACAGAUCACCAAGGAGGCAUCAACUGGCUGAGCCUCAGCCCCGACGGGCAGCGCCUGCUCACGGGUAGUGAGGAUGGCACUGCCCGGCUCUGGAGCACUGCCGACAGCCAGUGCCAUGGCCACUUCCAAGGACAUGAAAGUUACAUCACCUUUUGCCACUUAGAAAAUGAGGCUGCCUUCACCUGUAGUGCAGAUCACACCAUUCGAAAGUGGGAUGUGGUGACAGGUCAGUGCCUGGCCAUUUACAGAGGACACACAUCAAUUGUUAACAGGAUCCUGGUUGCCAAAGACUAUCUCUUCAGUGGCUCCUAUGACAGAACAGCCCGAUGUUGGAGUGUGGACAAGGAGAAACAAAUCCAGGAAUUCAGAGGCCAUCGGAACUGUGUCCUGACUCUUGCUCACUAUUCCUCCAGAGAUGUUCUUGAAGAGGAGGAGGAGGUAGAGGAGGAGGCAGAGAAAAUGAGCAGGGACCUCCUGGUGACAGGUAGCACAGACUGCACUGUUAAGGUCUGGUGGGUGUCCAGUGGGCGCUGUUACCAGACUCUGCUGGGACACACUGGGGCUGUCUUAUGCCUGAUCCUUGAUGCACCAAACAGGGAGCUGUUUUCUGGCAGCACGGAUUAUACCAUCCGAACGUGGAAUAUUGUCACCGGUGAGCAGCUGAAAGUGUUCAAAGAGCAUCAAGGAUCAGUAAUUUGCCUAGAGCUGGUGAAUCGGCACUUGUAUUCAGGCAGCGCAGACAGGACAGUGAAGUGCUGGUUGGUAGACACUGGGGAGAGAAUCCAAACCUACAAGGCUCACAAACACAGCGUUAGCACUUUGAAAUACCACGCUGGGAUCUUGUUCACAGGAAGUGGAGAUGCCUGUGCAAGAGCUUUCAAUUCCAGGAGUGGUGUCCUGCAGAAGAUCUUCCGAGGACACAAGUUCAUCAUCAACUGCAUCCAGAUCCACAAUGAGUUGCUCUACACAGCUUCCCACGAUGGCACACUAAGGAUCUGGGACAUCCGGGGAAUAUGCAAGAGAAAUAAACGGCGUUUGAAGAAGGAGAGGUCUGUCCAGGGCAGGAGCUCUCAGAAGGGAAGUCUCUCUCGGCUUUUCAACAAUAAAGUUGGCUGUAUGGUACAGCAAGAAAAUGGGGAACAUGAGGCUGUGGAACUAAUGUGACUGUCCAGGACAGGCUUUCCAUCAAUGAACCAAAGCUGAACCUUUUGUUUUCUGCACCAUUGUGUCCAUGUAAACCAGAACUUGGAAAGAGAUGGGAAACAGCUUGGCUUGAACCUUUUUUCAGGAGCCAGGAUUCUUUGUGACUGUCAGAUGGACUCAAGUCAGGUGUUGUCACCACAGAGGACUCUCAGAUGAGCAGUUCUGGGUCAGGAGGGACUGCAGUGUGGUUCAGGUGUUGUACCUCUGUGUGUGCAAUUAAGAGCUGGAAUGCUUGUUUUCAGUUCCCUCUGCAUAGAAGGGUUGCACACUGCUGCCUGCCUGGUGUCUAAUGAGAAACGUUUUCUGUUGCCUGCUUGCAUGCCCUCUCUUUGGUCCAACACAGAAAUGAAAGGUGCUUUGUAGGAUGACUGAGUUCUGCUUUCACAGCUGACCCUUGGGUCAUUUUUUUGUUGAUCAGACCACCUAACUCAGGAUGGUGUGGCUCAGCAGAAGGAGUUUGCAGCAGACUGGACACCUCUCUGGGAAGCUGGGAGUGGUAGGACAGAAAUUAGGGUUUGUUUGGUUUUUUUCCUAAAAAACAAACCAUAAGCUUGAGAACAAUUUAAACUUCUGACCUGUUGUAUCAAGGUCAGCUGUUUGCCAGGGCACAAGCAGCUGUCCUGGUCCCAACAACCUGGUGGGUUCUUUUUUUAACCUUUUUCAAUCUCACACUUCAGCAAAUGAAACAUCAAAAGCCUCAUGUGUCUCCCAUGUGCUGCCAGCAGUGUGUGUGUGUGUCCAGCCAUCUGCUUGCUCCCAGGUGUGAUUCCCCAGAUAGGAAACUCCUGAUGGGCUCCUGAAGGGUCCCCUCUCAGCUCCUCUGGGCAGCCUGGCCCAAAGCUUGACUGUCCUCGUGGGGAAAAGGUUUUCCUUAUGUCCACCGGGAAUUUUAAACUGUGUUUUUUUCAGGGGAGAGGUGAGUUUGUGUUUUUUCUGGAGGAUUUACUGGGUGCUCUAAUUUUGGUGUCUUUCCUCUUGUUGAGGUUAUGUCCAUCCUUGGUUUGCUAGGUUGUUAGUAGCAACUUCAAGAGAAGUUCUCCCAGACUUUUCCCAGGUUUAUCCCUCUCUGAUAACCACUGAGCCAUGAGUAAACAAGGGUUCUUAUAUUUUUCUAUUUGCAGAUAUAACUCUUUGUAGAACCAAUACAAAAAAUACCUAACCACAUGUUUUUAUUUUUGUGUCUUUAUUUAUUCUGUACUACAGCAAGAUAAAAAUGCUGUAAUCUUUUUUUUUUUUUUCCAAAUGGACUAAUAAACAUGUGGCAUCU